ACACGAGGCUCUCCCUGAUCUGGAUUUAUGGCUCGCAGCUGUUGAGCGGCUGACAGACGUGUGAGCGACUCAAACAGUGCAGCUCCUACCAGCUCUGCUGCUCACUGCCGCGGAGAAAAGACGAGGACUGCUGCGCCUGAUCACACAAAGGCCAGCAGAUGGUGCGGGAGCAGUACGUCAGCACCACCCAGGGCAGCAGCCCGCCCAGGUCGGUGCCCAACAAUGUCUACAACAUCGGGAUCUACGGCUGGAGGAAGCGCUGCCUCUACCUGUUCGUCCUGCUGCUCAUCAUCAUCCUGGUGGUGAACUUCGCCCUCACCAUCUGGGUCUUCAGGGUGAUGUGGUUCAACACGGAUGGGAUGGGACUCCUGCAAGUGAACUCAGAGGGGGUCAAGCUGGAGGAGGGCGAGUCAGAGUUUCUCUUCCCCGUCUACGCUCAGGAGAUCCACUCCAGAGAAGACACUUCACUUCUGGUGCACUCGUCGGAAAGUGUUUCCCUUAAUGCCCGAAAUGAAGAUGGUAAUGUCACGGGGAGGAUAUCAGUGGGUCCAAGAGAGGCUCAGGGACGAGCUCGAAACGUGCUCAUUAACUCCCAAACGGAGAGCAUGCUGUUCACUGCAGAUGGCGACCAGGCUGUGAUUGGACCAGACAGACUGCGAGUCACAGGUCCUGAAGGAGCGCUGUUCCAGCACUCGGUGGAGACUCCCCUGUUGAGAUCUGAACUUUUGAAAGACCUGAGGUUGGAGUGUCCCACCCGCUCUCUCAGUUUGGACGCCCCAAAAGGAGUUCAUCUCAAAGCGCUGGCUGGAAACAUCGAAGCUGCUUCCAACAUGGACAUCCUUCUGCAGUCUAGUAUAGGAAUGCUGGUGCUCGAUGCGGAGAUGGUGCGCAUGCCGCGCCUGCCCCUGAGCGAAGAAGGGGUCUCUGGAAACGCUCAGGGUCUGUUAGAGGUCUGCGUGUGUCCCAGCGGAAAGCUCUUCCUGUCCAAGGCCGGGGUCACCUCCACUUGCAGCGAGAAUCAGGAGUGCUAAAAAGACUCUGACAAGGUAAUCGAUUCUCCAUCUCUCUGUAGAUGCAUCUUCUGGGAGGCAACAAGCAACUGUUUAUAUCUGGCCUGAUAUUUUUUUAUUUAUCUUUGUACCACACUGGGUCUGUUCUGAUCUCCCACUGGUGCAUCCAGGCCGGUAAAAAUACAAAUGCCUGCUGGCGUACAUGUUGGAGAUGUCAUGAAACGCAUCCUUUUAGUUGCUUUUAUGACCUUCUAACCAUUCAGCUGAAACAAAUUGGCACUCGGUUCCAAAUGUAUCUGCAUCAGAGCUUUGUGGAGGAUCUUUAACACGCACAGUAUCAUGGCUGGGCAAUGAGGAGCUGGAAACAGCUUACAUCCUAUGCAAUAUUAUCUUGUGGUGCAAUAAAUACACAGACACAUAUCAAAGGCUUGGAUUAAUCAAAAAAUAAAUCUCAAAAGCAGAAUAUUUAUUUUGGUUUGUGUCCUUUUGGCUCCAAGCCCUUGGUAUGUAGUGUGCUUGACUUGUUGUUUAGCAUGUUUUUGUUUAAUUAGAGUAAAUAUUUUGUCACUUCAGAGAUGGAUUUUAUCUUGUUUGUUUUUUAAUCUGGAAACAACACAAUUAUUCAUAUGGUUUAGAUUAAAGCCAUGUGCUUAGAUUAAUAAAGUGUUACUCUUGGUAUGUAUCACGUGUGUAAUUGUUUUUUGUUCUUUGGUUAAAGUAUGUGUGUAUGGCCUGUAAUUAUUUUUUAAAGCCCAACCCUUAUGUACGGUGGCCGACGGGUGCAAAUGCUUUACGUAACGACCCAACACAUUUCCAUUAGGAGAAAUACACUGCAGCUUCAGAAACGAUGACGAACACACACGGCGGUUACUAAAAGUGCUGCGUAAAUGAAACGAAUACAAAAUGCUGCAAGAAGCUCAAAACAAACCAGGGGACAUUAUAAAGUUGACCAACUUUCUAAUCCCUGAACACCAACAAGCGCUCGGGUCCCAUGCCUCACUUUUUAGUGUCCCCGUUAAAAGUGUUUCGGGCCUUUGUAGCACGUUGGCCACAAUAAGCAUGCAGUUAUGCUUUUAGCAAUAUAAUUUUAUUGCAAUAAACUGGUCUGAGUUUGUUCAGCAACUUCAAUACAGCCAAUGUAAUGCUAAUAACAUCUGUAGAUUAUAUGAUUCUGAAUGGAAAAAUAACGGGAUUAUCUUUUAUAUAAUAUGCAUGUCAGGUGACAUUCGCGUAAAAUCAGGAAUAAAAAGGGCAAUAUUUUUAAAUGAUCCAAAUAUUCAUCAAUGAAUCUGCAUCACUGUUUUUAAAACAUUAUCUCAAUAGUGUUAUCAUUGUCAGUAUUAUGUAGAAGAUCAUUUUCAGUUUUCCCAAGUGUUCUGACAUAUUUUAUAAGUGUGUAAUGUGUAUUUAUUAUUUUUGUAUGUUGAAUAAACUUUGUGCUAUUCUUCUA